GGAUGGUAAACAACACCGCGAACGACCAGUCAACUCCCACUGACUUCUGGACCCUCGAAGAAUAAUAGCGGAUCGAAUUCCUAUCUUGACCUUAGACAAGGUCACACGAUGUCCCAAAGCACACAAACCGGUCUUCGUCUCUCAGGGGAGAACGAAUCGUCGGAAACCUCGACGUACUCACUGGAGAGGUAUCUCGCGAGCGAUGGAGGCUUGACGGAGCGAUUGCUGAAAGGGUUAAAUGUCGGCGAGAUUGUGGGUCGAGCCCGGGCGGUGAGGGAGGAGGUGGGCAACAUCGCCGACAAGAUUCCGGAGUCCCAGGGGGCGUCUUCCCGAGAAUCUAGCUGACGGAUGUCUCCGAUGGGCUACUUAGUCGGGUGUACGUGUCUCAUCACUGGGGCAAGUACUGCGUAGCUCAGUAAUU